CACGUGAUUCGUGACAUCAGGUACAUAAAUUGUUUUGAUUCUUUGAUGGGGUGCGGAAGUUCCUUUUCUGUCGGCUGCUAAGCGAGGUAUCUGUGCUCUGCUGUCCCUUUUUCACGACAGGCGGUUCGUAAUAGGAGAACCAAUUUUUGGUAUGGGCUUUUGAUGGUAUAUCAAACCGACUUUGGAAGUUUGGGUUCCGUUUCUCACCUCUCGGAUGAUGCCGUAGGUUAUCUCAACCGUAUGGUUUGACUCUGGUAAUUUCUUUGCCGGCCAUAAAAUUCUUACUUCCCAUUAUCCCAUAGAAUUGAUGACCCCUUUUUCCAUAACCCAUGUCAUGCAUUUCUCCUUUUCGUAGUAUUCAUUUCUUCGGGUACGAGAUGCUCGCUCACCAAACAUCCUCGGGAUUAACCUCAUACUUCUCCCCAUUCUCCCGGACAUGUUCGCGCUUCACGUCCCGUGCGAGACUCUUCCGCAUGUCAUAUGCAUCUUCGCUGUCCCGCGAUUUAUCCGUUAGAUGCUCGCUGUAGUAUUCUACGACCUUCCGGAAGACACUGUAGCCCAUUCCUUUGUAGAGCGUCUGUGCGAUGGUGUUGGAUUGGCGCACGAAGAGGUCCACGAAGAAGGCGUUGUAGGCGUCUCCGGCGUGUUCGAGGGAUUGGGAGAGUGUGCGUGCUAGGCCGAGACGACGUGAGGAGGGCGAGACGGUUAGGGCGGUUAUGUGGGCGUGGUGGGGGAGGUAGUGCGGGGAUUUGGUGAGGGCUAGGAGAGGGGGGGAGGAUUCGAGUUUGCCCAUUACUUUUGGGGGGGUUAGUUGGGUAUGUGAUGAUGGGGUGAGAGGAUAGAAUAGGAUGAGGAUGGAAUGGGGUGGGGUAACAAACGGUAGGCAUCGAUGGUUCCGGUGGGACUGAGUGCGACGUUGAAGAGGUGUGGCCAGCGCGCCAGGUAGGAAAAGUAGAAGUUGAGGUCAUAGGUUUCGGUGAGGGGGUCUAGGUUGGUGGGGUUGAAUUUGAAGACAUCUAGAGCGUGGAAGGGACGGAGGGAUGUCAUGGUGAUUUCUUUUGCUUGUGGUCUCUCGACCCGGAUGCGUGAUACUCGUCGAGGAAGAGGAUGUUGUGGGAAGGACUUGAGACAAGGUUAUGGUUGUCGUGAGGAUUUGGUGGUGUACGAGUAGGGUUGGGAUGUUGAUUGUUGCGUUCAUCUAAUCUAUUCUUUUCUUUUUUGGGUUCAUUGACGGUCGUAUUGUUGUGGCGCGUCCACAGCCACGAGGGAAAAUCCCCGGAAUUUUGGGACGACGACGACCACAAUCAUUCACCUGCAUGCUGAAAGCUACACAAAACCCCGCCUACGGAAACCCCCCAAAUCUCCCAAUCUUCCAGCAAUUUCCAGUGAAUUCAGCCUCACCAGAGAAAGAUACCGAUAAACGUCACUUUGGUCUAGUGCAUUGUGCUGUAAUCUCGACCGGGGUGCAUCACCGCCAAUCGCCCAAACCGGGGGAUGCGCAAAUUAUAGACAAGCAAUCAUAAUAUGGCAUCAACGCAAUAAAUUCGCCAGAUAACGUCCCCUGUCCUGCACUUUCACUUUCGUCUCCACGUCGACGACUCAUCAAGGCCGCUCACUACUCGUACCGAAAUCUAAUAACAACAUCCGCAAAGCCAAGUCUUCUUCAGCUUCUCCAGCGCCGUCCCUUUUCAACGUGUCACCAUAUCUCCUUACGAUCCCCCUUGACGAGUUGACGAUUGAUACCCCGUAGAUACGACGAAAUCGGCGUACAACACACACGGACAUUUGACCUGGGAGUGAAGGAAACCUUGAAGCGGACGAUCUUCGCACUGGACGACAUCGAGUGCCGAUCUUUUUCCCACGUCGACAAGAUGUCAACCUCUCCGCGAACUCCAAGACAUAUUAGGAGGAAUACUUCGAAUAGUAUUGAUCUCUCCUUCGCGACCCCCCUUUCCUACGGCAAUGAGCACUCUCCCCAACGUCGGGGCUCGAAACAAUCUCUGCACUCCCCCUCAACGCCCAAUCGCAAUUCCAUGAGCCGUGGGGAUAGUAUGGGGAUGGAUGCUUUCAGCAACGGAGCUACACUUGCUGCAAAUGGCUUGGGGAAUUUGGCAGAUGAGCUAGCAGAUGCGUGGGAUGAGGAUGAAGGGGAGGGCGAGGAAGACGACGAGGAACUGGAGAUGAAUUUCCAGGAGGUUAGAGGGAUGGAGCCGACGAGGGAUAGUGGUGUGGAUGUUGGGUCGUCGCCGGUCCUGGCUCCGAGUAAAACGUCGAAUUUGACGCCGCCGAUCCAGAUGAGGGGAAAGGGACAUCGGAGACAGGCUAGUGAUUAUGAUGGGAGUGAUUAUGGGGGAGACUCGGAUAUGGAGUCUGACGGGAUGCCGCCUGGUUUACUGGCGCGAAUGGAUCAGGUGGAGAGUUUGGCAAGGAGAGGGACGGAGAGUAAUGGGACAGAGAUGGAUGGGGUUGUGAAGAGGGUUGUUGAGGAGCUUAAAGAUCUUGGGGGUCAAUCUGGGGUGGAAGGUAAUGCUACGAGGUAUAUUCCCCUUUCCCAUUCAUUUCAUACGAUUUCAUAUCUAACAUAUAAACAGACUCAUCACAGCUCACACCGCGCUAUCAACCCACCUCCUCCACCAAACCCGUCUCCUCCAAUCCCUAGCAUACCCCUUACUCUCACCCCUCGUCGCCCCACCCGACGACGAAACAAUUGAAGAUCUCCUCCCCCUCCUAGUAACCCUCUCAGAAUCCAUGCCGCGUCCCACAACCGCCGCCUUCACCUCCCUCACCCAACUCCACGGCCUCACAGCCGAUCUCAUCCAGACGCUCAACUACCUCUCCGACACCCUGCACAUGUCGCGACAGACCACCACUGCCGCGACGCGUCGGCUGCGGAGCGCCCGGGAACUCGUGGCCGAGAUGAAGAAGGAGGAGGAGGAGCGAGAAGAGGGGGAGCUUUGGCUCACCAAGGGGAAUUGGAGCGAGCGGCUGGGGAAGAGAGAGUGUGCGGGGGUUUGUGGCGAUGUGGUGGGGGGCUUUGAGGAGGUUUGUAAUGGGUGGAGGGAGAGGUUGCUUGCGCAGGCUGAGGUGCAGGGGGUUGCUUAGCACUGAAUUAGUGGGGGUUUUUUCUUUGAUUUGUGGUUCGCUGUGGUGGGUGGGAAUUGAGGAAGAGGAGGAUAGAUAGAUAUGGAGGGUGUAGAUGUGUAGAUUUGUGAUCCCCAGGGAUGGAGUCAGCCAGUUAGUCAGUCAGUCAGCAAGCAAGACGCGAGGGAAUCAAAGAAACAAUUGAAAUGACAUGAUGCUGCGUCGAACAAUGCUGGACUACCUAGUGUGUAAAUAUAGAGUGUUUCAGUCGCAUUGUAAUUUAGCGAGACAAUGUAAAUCUCAAAGAAAUCUCAAGAAUCAACCCACAAAAUCAGACCAUCCGUAAGAUAUAAGACUUCUUUGAGAUGGUAAUUAGAGCGAGGCUCAAGAGAUAAGUAAAUCACGAUCAAUACCCCGCCCCUCCCUCGUAUUCCUUGGACCUUGGUAGUAUAGUACUGGGCUAAGUAAACGCUGGUUCUAGUAUAUCUCGGUAUGCGUAUACGCAUGUCACUCCACCUUACCUACACCACAGCUUUUGACAGCCAGUCUGUUUGUGUGUGUCGUGUUUGGGGGAUGUGGAUAGAUUGUCCUCUUGAGGGAAUGGAUUCUGGAGUCUGGUUGUUGGUUUAGUUGUAUCUAUCUAUCACUGGAGUUCCUCUUUUCUGGUAAGCGAGUUGAAUAUUGGAUUGCGUGGGUUUUCGUGGUUAGGCGUUGGUAUCGAGAUGACUGGCUGGGUGGCUGGGUGGAUGAUGGGUGGAUGGAUGGGUGAUGGGAAGUUGGAGUGUUUGUGGAGGGCUUGCGGAUGGGGAGCGUUGUGAUGGGAUGAUUUAAAUUGGUUUGGGUUUGGUGGGCUCUUGGGUAAUUGGGUUUGUUUUUAAGCGGAGAUGGUGGGUAUGAUCUGUGGUGGGGACUCUGGGGAGGAAGAGGACAGUACUGUUUAGGGGAGAUACUACGGUCUGUGGUGGAGAUUUGAAAUGGAGUUUAGAAACUAGGUAGUUCUGUGACUGGAUUGAGUUUGGAGAAGUUUUGUUUUGUCUAUAACAGUAGGCGGACAUUUAGUUCGACACUGACUUGUAGGGAA